AUUAGUUUUUCAGCUGAACUGUCUAUUCAUCUGCAAGCCAUCAUGAGCUGUAAGAAGCGGAGAUCACAGAAGGUCUCAUUUGAUGAAAAGAGUAAUAUGAAAAUCGAGCACUAUUUUUCUCAGGUCCCUAAAGGACAACAGAAUAAUUCCAAUAUUCCUCAAAAGAAGAAGGAACCUAGAAAAUGUUCAAGAGACAUAACUAACACCCAGGGCCAAAGAUCCCAUUUACCUAAGAAAAAUCCAAAUGACCCAAUUGUGCCCCCAAAUAAGACAAUUAAAGUUACCCUGGAUGUAAACCACAGGAAAACUGGAGACAGGCCAUAUGUGCUCACACACAGUGAGAAGGACAGCUUGUAUGUGGCUCUCAACACUCUUAAGGCUGUCAAAGAAGAGAUAAAAACUCAGCAAGGCAAAGAAAUGCUGGUGUAUGGAGUAGAAGGAAUUGAGGGGUAUUUAAACCUUGGAAUGCCCCUCAGUUGUUUUCCUGAAAGCUGCCACGUGACAGUUACAGUGUUUACAUUUUACCAAAGUAAAGAUGAGCAGAAAGAAAAUAACCAAGUAUUUGGCCGGCAUGACAAGUCAUCUACUGACUGUGUCAAAUUUUAUAUUCACCCAAUUGGGAAAAAGAUAAAAAGGAUUGUUAAAUGUGGAAAACUUCACAAAGAAGGGUACAAACUCUGCGUCUAUGCUUUCAAAGGAGAAACCAUCAAGGACGCUUUGUGCAAGGAUGGCAGAUUUCUUUCCUUUCUGGAGAGUGAUAACUGGAAACUCAUUCACAACCUGAACUCCAUCGUAGAAAGCACCCAGGCAGUGGAUGGAUUAGAGGGCAAGACCUUUCAGGUUGAGGUUGAGAAAACAAUGGGCCCUAGGGCAGUAGCCCCUCAGAAUUCAGAGUCAGAGAAGAGAAACACCUGUGCGUUGAAAGAACAAAUUGUGGACCAGUACCCCCGUUUGAGAAUAGAAAGUGAAAAAAUCAGAGAAAACUUCAAGAAAGAAAUGAAGAAAAGAAAGGGGAAUGCAUUACUUAAAUGUUACGAAACAAAGUUUGGGAAACUGAUAAAAAAUGCUACUCCAGUUAAAGUCAUAAAACUUCUCUCACAUCUCAGUGACUCAGUUGGGUACAUAUUCUGGGACAACAAUGGAAAUAGGGGUGCUGCCACCUGCUUCGUUUUUAGAGAAUUGUUCAUUUUCACUUGUCGGCAUGUAAUAAGUGACAUUGUGGGAAAAGGAAUAGAGUCAAGUCAGUGGGCCGGCAUAAUCGCUCAAUGCGUAAGGGUUACAUUUAGUUAUGAAGAGCUUCCAGAAAAAGAAGAGAAUUGCUUUUUCAUUGAACCUUGGUUUGAGAUAUCUGAUGUAGACCUUGACUAUGCUGUCCUGAAACUGAAGGAAAAUGGACAACCAGUACCUGUGGGACUAUAUAAUGAAAUUACUCCUGCACCAUCGAGUGGGUUGAUAUAUAUUAUUGGCCAUCCAGAUGGAGAAAGAAAGUCUACUGAUCGUUGUGCUAUCAUCCCGCAGGAUGAGCGAGAAAAGAAAUGUCUGGAACAUGUACGGUUUAGAGAAGCGGAGGGCUUCAGUUGGUCUACGCAAUAUAUACAUCUGUACACACACAAAGAUUUCCAGAAAAAAAUCCACAGCCCUGAUGUGAUUACCUAUGACACCACUUUUUUCUUUGGGGCUUCUGGCUCCCCAGUGUUUGAUUCAAGAGGUUUGUUGGUGGCCAUGCAUACUGCUGGCUGCGCUUAUAGGCACUUAGAAGGGAUUUCCAGUAUCAUUGAGUUUGGCUGUACUAUGGAAUCCAUCCUCCUUGAUAUUAAGGAAAAACAUAAAAUAUGGUAUAAAGAAGUAUGUAUAUAUCAGCAGGAUGUAGAAAUGGUUAGUGAUGAGGAUUGAAGACUGGUGAGAAUUUAGUCUAUUUACUAACUUCAAGGGAAUUGUCUACGGAGUUUUUUUCUAUAGGCAUUGAUGAUGGUUUUCUAAAUUCCAAAAUGGUCAAUUUCAUCAAAACCCAAUAAUAAUUAAUAUUAUUGACCCACUUCCUAUAUGCCAGGCAUGUUUCUAAGCACAAGAAAAAUUAGUUCUAACACCUUGGGAGAUGGACCAUUACCCCUAUUUUAAAGUUAGGCAAUGAUAAGAUUAAGUGAUAAGUUUUAUGACACUAAAAGUCGUGUAACUAUUGAUUUGUUCAUCUUCCAUGUCAUCCCCUAAAUUCAGUUGCUUAAGAACAGGACCCUGAACUUGUUCAUCUGAUUAUCUCCAAUAUCUGACACAUGGAAAAUGAGUGCUUAGAAAAAUGUGUGGGUCAUUCUGGGUAUAUACCCAAAGGAAUGGAAAUCAUCGUGUUGAAGGGAUACC